AUCAAGGGUGCCAAACUCAAUUUCAUCGCGGGCCGCAUCAGCAUUAUCAUUGCCCUCAAAGAAACGGUUGAAUCUCUGAAACAAGGUAAAAAUUUCCUAUCCUGUAAUCUGAAUCCUUCUUUUAUUUCAGAUAGCAACACGUGUGCCCUGCAACAAGAGGGUCAGCGGGAGAGGUGGGAGAGGAAGUACAUGAAGGGCCGAAGGAUAUCCCCGCGAUCUGUCAGCAAAGAGAGAUGGGUAGAAACUUUGGUUGUUGCUGAUACCAAAAUGAUUGAGUAUCACGGCAGUGAGAAUGUGGAGUCCUAUAUCUUCACUGUGAUGAAUAUGGUCGCAGGACUCUUCCAUGAUCCAAGCAUUGGUAAUGCAAUUCACAUAAAAGUGGUCCGUGUCAUCUUACUGGAAGAAGAAGAGGAAGGCUUGAAAAUCGUUCACCAUGCAGAUCAAACCUUGUCAAGUUUCUGCAAAUGGCAAAAAAGUAUAAAUCCAAAGAGUGACUCCCACCCAGCCCAUCAUGAUGUAGCAGUAUUACUAACCAGGAAAGAUAUCUGUGCAGGAAGGAACAGUCCAUGUGAAACGCUGGGCCUGUCUCACCUGUCGGGCAUGUGUCAGCCAUUCAGAAGCUGCAACAUUAAUGAGGACUCUGGCCUGCCUAUGGCUUUCACCAUUGCACAUGAAAUCGGACACAGCUUUGGAAUCCAGCAUGAUGGACAGGGGAAUGAUUGUGAAUUCACCGGAGGACAUCCAUAUAUUAUGUCCCGGCAGUUGCAGUAUGACACGUCACCGCUAAUAUGGUCGCCCUGCAGUAAGGAAUACAUCACGCGGUUUUUAGACCGCGGUUGGGGAUUCUGUCUGGACGACUUGCCGGCCAAGAAAGAUUUCAAACAUCCGCUGAUUGCUCCAGGAGUCUUGUACGAUGUCAAUCACCAGUGCCAACUACAAUAUGGACCCAAUGCCACUUUCUGUGAAUUAGUUGACAAUGUUUGUCAGACCCUGUGGUGUUCAGUAAAAAAUUCAUGCCGCUCCAAGCUUGAUGCCACAGCGGAUGGAACCAGAUGUGGAGAUAAUAAGUGGUGCAUCAGUGGUGCGUGUGUAAACGUGGGCAGACAACCAGACACUGUCCAUGGAGCUUGGGGUUCCUGGACAACAUGGUCACACUGUACAAGAACAUGCGGCGCUGGCGUACAGAGCGCUGAAAGGAAGUGUAACAAUCCUGAGCCCAAAUUCAGAGGGAAAUAUUGUACUGGAGAACGAAAACGUUACCGCACGUGUAAAACAAACCUGUGCCCUAAAAAACAGCCAUCCUUCCGCCACAUGCAGUGUACCGAAUUCAACACCGUGCCUUACAAAAAUGAACUGCACACAUGGCUUCCCAUCUUUAACUCAGCAAAUCCCUGUGAGCUCCAUUGUCGCACCGAAGAAACGAAUCUAGUGGACAAACUUCUUGACGCAGUAAUAGACGGGACUCCGUGUUACAGCGGCGACAACCAGAAAGACGUCUGCAUUAAUGGCAUGUGUAAGAGCAUUGGCUGUGACUAUGAAAUAAAUUCAAAUGCCACUGAGGAUCGAUGUGGGAUCUGCCUGGGAGACGGCUCGAGCUGCCAGACAAUCACAAAAACAUUUGAUCAAAGUGAUGGAUUCGGCUACGUCGAUAUUGGUAUUAUUCCAAAAGGAGCAAGAACAAUAAAGAUAGAAGAAGUGGAAGCCGCUGGAAACUUCCUUGCAAUAAGAAGUGAAGACCCGGAAAAAUAUCUUUUGAACGGGGACUUCAUAAUACAGUGGAUGGGCGAUUAUAAAUUGGCUGGGACUACUUUUCAUUACCAGCGGAGCGGUGAUCUGGAGAACCUAACCGCCGCAGGGCCCAUAAACGAGUCAAUCUGGAUCCAGCUUCUAUUCCAGGAGAACAAUCCAGGAGUUAGAUAUGAAUACAUCAUACCAAAAGACAGCUCUGAAAAUGAGGUGGAGACUGUAUAUACUUGGAAGUAUGGCAUGUGGUCAGACUGCAGUGCAUCAUGUGGAGCAGGUGUUCAGCGCCAGAUCGCCAGAUGUGUGAUCAAAGGAAGAGGCGUGGUUAAAGCUUCCUUCUGUGAUCCUGACACACAGCCAAUGACAAGACAGAAAAAGUGCCACCUGCAAGAUUGCCCAGCAAGGUGGUGGUUUGGUGAGUGGCAGGAAUGUUCCACUACGUGCGGUCUAAGCGGUGAGAAGAAGAGGUCUGUUCUUUGCAUCAGAACAGUGGGGUCAGAUGAGCAAGCUCUACCUUCUGAGGACUGCAAUCACCUCAUCAAACCCAAAAGCUUUAUAUCUUGUAAUAGAAAUAUAUCCUGCCCAUCUGACUGGUCAGUGAGCAGCUGGAGUCAGUGUUCUGUUAAAUGUGGAGGAGGUGUUCAAACCCGCAAUGUCACGUGUCGAAAACAUGGCAGCGAACCGUGUGACCCAUCCAAGAGACCAAACUCCAAAGCUCUUUGUGGACUUCAACAAUGCCCACUGCAAAAAAGCCUCCCACUGCCCCCUAUAAAACACAAGAAACCCUUUGGUAAAGUAAAGCCUACGACAAUAGACAUACCAAAGAAACGUGUUUUUUUGACGAACACUAAACAAAAAGUUCUCUCAACCAUAGAAACUCCCAAAGAUACCACAACAGCUGCCACUUCACCCACACCGAUCCCUUCCAUCAUUUCCAUAGAAGAUGACUUCAGAAUAAAUGAAAUUCCAAACUCUACGCAUUUCAACGUAGAUCACAAAUACAGUUUUGUUCUUGUGGCAAACAAUAAAAAGAAAUGGAAUUCUUCAAAGGUUCCUGCAAAGUCUAAAGACGAUGAUGAAAGUUUAAGAGGAGGCAAUGAAACUGUAACAGAAAGAGACCUCAAUACAGUUCUUAAUGCCACCACUUCCCCAACCAAUGCCACCUAUGUCCUGGAAAAAGUAACUCCAAUGUAUGAUUUUCUAACAGAACAACCAGAAACAAAGACAGAAGGCGAGGAAAUGGAUGGGUCAACCUCAGAGCCAGAUGUUGACUAUGAAACUGAAAUGAACAAUGUAAUUGAAUCUAGAAGUAAGAGACACAAAGGCAAGCCCAAAGUCGUUGAAGAUAACCAAGCAACAGUUACAUACAAGCCUGCGUCAUCGGCUGUGCCUUCUAUUACUGUCACCACAGAAAUCUCCCAAACACUGGAUACUACACCAGGCCCGGACAUUGUGACUACGCAACGAGAAACUUCACAGACUGACAAACCAACACCAGCACCGAAUAGCUCAACAGUCUCCAAUUACCUGCCAACUUCCACUACUUCUAACAUAUCACAAGAUUUAUUUCCAGAGCUAAAUAGCACAUCCACCAGCAGUCUCCUUAAUUCAUCAGAAGAAGUUAAUGGUACUGAAUCUCCUCUUAACGGAUCAAGUUCUAGCUACUGGAUUGUGGGGAACUGGAGUGAGUGUUCCACAACCUGUGGUCUUGGGGCUUUUUGGAGAAAUGUUGAUUGCAGCACAGGAACUGACACCGACUGUGGACACAUUAGAAAGCCUGAUCCUGCAAGAAGAUGUCACCUCCGCCCAUGUGCGAGCUGGAAAACUGGAAAUUGGAGUAGGUGCUCUACAAACUGCGGUGGUGGAUUUAUGACAAGGGAAGUGCAAUGCAUGGAUAUGCGUGAAAACCGACCUCUGAGGCCCUUUCAUUGCCAGUCCCCGGGACACAACCCUGUGCAGAACAUUUCCUGCAACCCUGAGCCUUGCUUGUCGUGGCUUGCCAAACCCUGGAGCGAGUGUUCAAAGACAUGUGGGAGCGGAGCCCGCAAAAGAGACGUCAUUUGCCCAAAGGAGAAUCGCUGUGAUCUGAAAAAGAUUCCCGCAAUUAUAAUAAACUGCAGCCAAGAAGAGCCGUGUGUCAGCUGGAGGACAAAUAACUGGACAGAGUGUUCAGCUUCUUGUGGAGAAGGCAUCCAACAAAGAACCGCCUGGUGCGAGGAUACUGAUAAUAACAGAACAGUAAACACAAGCCUGUGUGAGAAGGAGCCUAAACCUCAGGACAUUAAGGAAUGCAAGAGCCAAGAGUGCCCAAAGAGCACAGAUGUUCCAUCGUGUAAGAAAGACAAGCUGUCAAUUAACUUCUGCAAUACUGUGAAAUCUAUCGGGAAGUGUUCGUUGAAAGCCAUUCAGUCUCAGUGCUGCUUCACAUGUACCAGACCAGAAGAGUCUAUACAAGGAGGCUGAGUUAUCAAUCUGUCUCAUCGGAGUGGUUCAUUCUCCAUCUACUGCAAUAAAUAAAUUGAAAGUAUUACAUUCUGCAACAAAACAAUAUAUCCCCUGCUGAAAAACAGA